AUGGCUUACAUGAAGGUGAGAUUGCUGUGUAUUUCGCUGGUCAUUCUGGGAGCCCUGUGUUUGUAUUUUAGCACGUACAAUCUGACUCCUUUUAAAGAAGGGCCAUUUGUUUUCAAGAAAAACCAUGGGAACUUCCUUCAGCUCCCAGAUAUAGACUGCGGGCAGAAUCCCCCCUUCCUUGUCCUGCUGGUGACUUCGUCCCAGGAACAGACGGUGGCUCGCAUGGCCAUCCGGCACACCUGGGGACAAGAAAAGAUUGUGAGAGGAAAACGAAUAAAAACAUUGUUCCUCCUGGGAACCACCCCCAGUAAGGACGUAUCGAGAGCCGUGGCCCAGGAGAGCCAGCAACACAGAGAUAUUAUCCAGAAGGACUUUCUGGACGUUUAUUUCAAUUUGACUCUGAAGACCCUGAUGGGUUUAGAGUGGGUCUACCACUUCUGUCCUCAGGCGGCUUUCGUGAUGAAAACAGACUCCGACAUGUUUGUCAACGUCUACUAUUUGACUGAACUACUUCUGAAGAAAAACAAAACAAGUCGGUUUUUCACUGGCUUCUUAAAAAGGAAUGACUCUCCGAUUAGGCAAAAGUACAGUAAGUGGUUUGUCAGUAAAUACGAGUAUCCGUGGGACAAGUAUCCGCCCUUUUGCUCUGGCACUGGCUAUGUCUUUUCUGGCGACGUUGCCAGUCAGGUGUAUAAUGUUUCCGACAGCGUCCCGUUCCUUAAACUGGAAGAUGUCUUUGUGGGGCUCUGCCUCGCAAAACUGAAGAUCAGACUGGAAGAACUUCACUCUGAGCAGACCUUUUUCCCAGGUGGGUUACGCUUUUCCACGUGCCGUUUUAAGAAGAUCGUGGCCUGCCAUUUUAUCAAGCCUCAGGAUAUGCUGAUCUAUUGGCAUGCUGUGGAAAGUUCCCUGGAGGAAGAGUGUCCAGCUGUCUGAGGGGACCCCAGCAGCACAUCUGGACACACUCCAGACGACCCACAGUGGUAGUUUUUGAAAGAUCUUCAGGUGGCAUCGCUGAGGAUCUUCAGCGGGGAGGGAGGGAGCGAGGAAGGAAGAGGCAGGAGUUUGAGGAUGAUAUCCUGUGGCACUCCAAAUCUAAACUAGAACGGAAGCUGCCAUGAAAGUGCUGAUUAAUUCCCACUUGAUGCCCGAGCAAUAAUAGAUACUGUCUCUUGAGUCCACUGUGGCACUG